AUGAUCACCUGGGGUGUAUCACGCGGCCUGGCCGUCGUCGCCACACUGCUAUCCUUCUCACAAGCAGCUACCGCCGCCAUCCUCCCCAGGCAGAGUGAUGAAGCCCUUCGUCCUUGGGUUACCGUCGAGGCUGAUGGUGCCACAAAGACUAUCGCGCCUGUGAUCAACGACGGCAAGAUAACAUCAGCCUUCCCAGCCAACUCGGCACUGCCCACCGCCGACGCAACGGGUGCCGGCUCGUUCUUACUUUGCAACCCGGCCGCCGGCUCCGGCGGGCUCGCCCAACCGUUCUGCGCGCCAGCAAAGGACAACGAGCUGGAGGGCGGCAAGACGUACUUUGUCACCUGGGACGCCUCCCUUUUCCCGUCCCCAAACACCGUCGUCCAGGUUCAGGGAGACUACAGCGUGACCAACACCAUUGACGUCGGCCACGGGUUCACCUCGCAGAGCAUCCCCGCCUCCCAAGGCUACUUUGCCUGGGCCGUCUUGGGGUACAACAUGCCCCCUGGCGAGGCUCUGGACGUGCAGCUUUUCCUUGCGGUGCCUGCUACCAACGGUACCAUCACGGCCCGUGAUCCCGGUCCAAAGGUUCGCAUCGUCAACAACGUACCGUCCGAGGAUCCUCUCCGGCGCGGUCCUAAUGUCUUUGGGAUUGUGUUGCCCAUCAUCUUUGGCGUUCUCUCCCUCGGCGCCAUUGGUUGGUUUGUGUGGUGGUACGGCAGGAGAAAGGGCAUGUUCGCCUCUCGCAACCAGGGUUACGGCGUGGGGAAGAGCCGUGGCCAGAGGACGGACGGUCUGCGGCUUGCGGACGGCACAUUCACGUCGGCUAACCGCGGAGUGGAGAUGAUGCCACCCCCGAGGCCUCCUCCACCGAGUAUCGGAACUGGAAAUGCGUUCAGGGAGGAGCUGAGUAGACAAGAGCGUAAUGAUAAAGCGCGUAACGUGGUGUAA